CCGGAUAACACACGCGCGCCAUUAUGUUGAAACUGUGUACAAACGUUGCGCUGACCUCCAACAUCCGACGUACGUUGUUAGUUGGAGCGGUAAGGAAUGUGUCCACCGGCCGGUCACUGCAGGCGGCUGCAGUGCAGCCGAACGAUCCACAGAAACCAAACCGAUCGUUCGUGAUGAAUCUGUUCAGUGGGAAGCUUCAAACGGCCGAACUCUUCCCAUAUCCGGAAGCGUUGAACGAGGAGCAGCGAGAAUAUGUGCAGGCGUUCAUCGAUCCUACGGUUAAGUUCUACCAGGAAGUAAAUGACGCUGCCAGGAACGAUGCCACAGGUUCGGUUGAGAAGGCCGUUGUUGAUACACUGUGGGAGCAAGGCUUUCUUGGCCCAUUCAUCCCACCCGAGUACGGCGGGCUUGGACUAUCGAACUCCCAGUCCGUCCGUCUUUCGGAGAUCUCCGGCAGUUACGAUCUGGGCAUGUCGAUCUACGCCGGUGCGCAUCAAACAAUCGGCACCAAGGGCAUCAUCAUGUACGGCACCAAGGAGCAGAAGGAAAAGUAUCUUCCCCAGCUUAGCACCGGGCGAGUGUUCGGUGCGUUCGCCCUAACGGAACCGGGCACCGGUUCGGACGCAGCGUCGGUAAAAACGAAAGCCGUCCUAAGCCCGUGCGGCAAGUACUACAUCCUGAACGGUACCAAGCUGUGGUGUUCGGGCGGUGGAAUCGCCAACAUCUUCACCACCUUCGCCCAAACGGAAGUCGUUGAUCCGAAGACGGGUGAGAAGAAGAGCAAGAUGAGCGCGUUUAUUGUGGAGCGUGGUUUCGAGGGUGUCAGUACCGGCCCGCCCGAGGACAAGAUGGGCAUCAAGUGUUCCGUGACGACGGAAGUGAUCUUUGAGGAUGCGAAAGUACCGGUGGAGAAUCUUUUGGGCGAGAUUGGCGGUGGGUUUAAGAUUGCGGUGAACAUUCUCAACUCGGGACGGUUCGGGCUGGGUGCGAUGCUGUCGGGGACGAUGAAAACGUGCGUUGAAAAAGCGGCCGACCAUGUGACCAACCGUGUACAGUUCGCGCGGAAGUUGAUCGAGUUUGAAAAUGUGCAGGAAAAGCUGGCGAUGAUGGCGACGCAUCACUAUGUGGCGCAGAGCAUAACGUACUUGGUGGCCGGUAAUAUGGAUAAGGGUUCGGUCGAUUUCCAUCUGGAGGCGGCCGUGAGCAAAGUGUUCUGUACCGAGGCGGCGUGGUAUGUGUGCGAUGAGGCCAUACAGCUGCUGGGAGGCAACGGGUUCAUGAAGUCGAGUGGAUUGGAACGGUUCCUGCGGGACAUGAGAAUAUUCCGUAUCUUCGAGGGAGCGAACGAUGUGUUGCGGAUGUUUAUUGCGCUGACCGGUAUGCAGAAGGCUGGCAAUGAUCUGCGUGGUUUGCAGAAAGCGUUGAAGAAUCCGCUUGGAAACAUGGGCGUGAUCCUGGCGGAAGGUUCCAAGCGUGCAGGACGCAGUGUUGGAUUGGGUGGCACGGAACUGCGCCCAUUUGUAGCUAGCGAGCUUCAGAACGCGGCCAAGCAGUGUGCUGAGUCAAUGGAUGCAUUCAGCCAAACCAUCGAAUCUCUGCUCAUGAAGCACGGUAAAGGCAUUGUCGAGCGUCAGUUCCAGCUUGCCCGCGUCGCAGACAGUGCGAUCGACAUUUACACCAUGGCCGCGGUACUAUCCCGUGCGUCCCGAUCCCGCCAGAAAGGACUUCCCUCCGCCAGCCACGAGCUACAGAUGGCACAGAUCUGGUGCCAGGAAGCUAGUAGCCGCGUACAGCGCAAUAUCGAUCGCAUUCACUCGAGCAGCUACCAGCAACACUAUCAACGGUUGGCACAGGUCGCCCGGAACGUAUCGGAACGCCGCGGCCUACCGCACACUAAUCCACUGGAGAUUGAUUAACCGAUGUACCCGAUGUUUUUUUGUAGAUAAACGAUAAAUAUCAUAGUAAAGUUCAAAUCGA